AUGUUUAAACUUAUUCACCGGUUACCUUCUAAUUAUAGAUCAAUUGUUACUAUAGAGAAACAUUCUAAGAAAUAUUUAUCUGAUGUUGCUCACCAACCUUUCUUUAAAAAAAGAUCACAAAUCAUCGAUGGAAAGGCUAUUUCAAAUAAAAUACUUUCCGACUUGAAAUGUGACAUUGAUGAUUGGAUAAAUCUUGGCAACAGAAGGCCACAAUUGACUGCAGUGAUAAUUGGGGAUCAUCCAGCUAGUGAGUUAUAUUUAAAGAAUAAGUCAAGAGCAGCUGCUAUAUGUGGUAUUACAACUAAUAUUGUUAGGUGUCCGAAGACAAUAAGCCAAAGAGAAUUAUUAAAUAUUAUCAAUGAACUGAAUUCUGAUGAUACUGUUGAUGCCAUACUUGUACAGUUACCCUGUCCGCCUCAUAUAAAUGAAAAAACUGUGUUCAAUACCAUAAGCGUUAGUAAAGAUGUAGAUGGUUUUAAUUCUGUGAAUAUUGCGAAUUUGACUUUACAUGACCAUGGAAUUGUACCUUGUACAGCUCUGGCUGUUAAUUCUAUUCUACAGGAACUUGAUAUUCCUAAAACAUGUUUGGAAGCUGUAGUUGUGGGUUGUUCAAGAUAUAUCGGACUUCCGAUUUUUUUAGCUUUACACAAUUAUCAUAAUUUAGGAAAUAUUUCUAACUCUUCACGAAACAUUACUCUGACAAUUUGUAAUGAAUAUACUCCUAGAACAACACUUAAUCAUUGUCUCCAAAGAAGUGACAUAAUUAUUUCUGCUGUUGGAAAACCUGGUCUAAUAAAAGGGGAUUCCAUCAAACCUGGAGCUGUAGUGAUUGAUGUAGGUAUUACAAUGGUAUCUGAAAGCGAAGCAGAGAAAGACAAAUUUGUCGGAGAUGUUGAAUUUGAAAAAGCAAGAGAUAUAGCUAGUCACAUAACACCAGUCCCAGGUGGUGUGGGUCCAGUUACUGUUGCGAUGCUGAUGGCUAACACUUUUCACUGUGCUGUUCUUCGCAAAAAUAGAAAACUGGAAUUAGAUCAGGCAAAUUCCAUGACUGAAGACUGA